CUGACAGCGGAGAGCUACAAAGCGGCUGCUAAACACAUCGUUUGUGACACUGCUGGAGGGGGAAGUAUUGCUUUCGGUACAACGAACCGGCCUCGAAGUAAACGCUGACAUCUCGUCUGUUUACAGUGAUGUGUAGGUCCAAACAUGGCGACGGUUGUAUGUUAACGCUCAGGCUGUUUCAUGGAAGCGCCUGGAAAACAGACUGUGUGUUCCCGUCAGAGGGUGGCCUAACAGGAACUUCUUAAUAUGAGUGAUGAUAAACCUUUCCAAUGUACUGCUCCUGGAUGUGGACAGAGAUUUACAAAUGAGGAUCACUUGGCUGUCCACAAACACAAACAUGAGAUGACCCUGAAGUUUGGCCCAGCAAGGAAUGACAGUGUCAUCAUUGCUGACCAAACCCCAACACCUACCCGCUUCUUGAAAAACUGCGAGGAGGUGGGACUCUUCAACGAACUCGCAAGCCCGUUCGACCAUGACUUCAAGAAGGCAACCGAAGAUGACAUUAAGAAGGUUAUUCUUUUGCCAUUGGAUUUGUCACCUCUUGCGACGCCUAUCAUACGCAACAAAAUUGAGGAACCCACACCUCUGGAGGCACAUCGAGAUAGCCCUCUGCCUCACCCCGAAUCUACUACCAGUGAUGACAAGGACUUAUCUUUGCAGCCAGCCUCACUGCCAACAUCCACUAUAGUCCAUCCUGCAUCCCUCCAAGUACCCAAUGUACUUCUAGCAACCUCAGAGGCUAAUGUUGUAAUACAGCAAGCUCUCCCAUCACCAACAUCUAGCUCUGUUAUUACCCAAGUCCCGUCCACUAAUAGGCCUAUAGUCCCAGUGUCCGGCACCUUCCCCGUGCUCUUACAGCUGCCUAACGGCCAGACCAUGCCGGUCGCUAUACCUGCGUCUAUUACAAACUCAAGUGUACAUAUUCCAACUACAAUCCCUCUUGUCAGACCUGUCACCGUAGUGCCUAAUGUCCCCGGGAUCCCAGGACCUCCCUCGCCACAGCCACAGCCCGUCCAAUCAGAAGCAAAGCUGAAACUGAAAGCCACGUUAAGCCAACAGCUUCCUCAGGUAACCAAUGGAGAUGGUGGUGAAGUCCAGAGCAGCGCUGUAACCCACACCGCUGCCCCCGCUUCUCCUGUUCCAACUCCAACCCCAUCCCCAAGUCCAGCUCCGGCUCCGGCUCCGGCUCCAGCUCCGGCUCCGGCUCCAGCUCCAACUGCAGUCCUAACUCUAGCUCCAGCUCCUCAGUUGCCCGCGACUGAGGAACCUUCCCAACAUUCCCUCCAGCAGCCAGCCACUUCCACCACAGAGACACCUGCUUCCCCAGUACCCCCUGCGCAAAAUCCUCCGAGUACAGGGGGUCGGCGGCGCAGAACCACAAGCGAAGACCCCGAUGAGAAGCGGCGCAAGUUCCUGGAGCGUAACAGGGCUGCAGCCUCUCGCUGCAGGCAGAAGAGGAAAGUGUGGGUCCAGUCUCUGGAGAAGAAGGCCGAGGACCUCAACUCCAUGAACGGACAACUACAGAGUGAAGUCACCCUGCUGAGAAACGAAGUGGCUCAGCUGAAGCAGCUUCUUCUGGCUCAUAAAGAUUGCCCUGUAACCGCCAUGCAGAAGAAAUCUGGCUAUCACAUCUCCGACAAAGACGAGAGCUGCGAGGAGAUGUCCGUCCCCGGCAGCCCCCAAAACGAGGCCAUUCAGCACAGCUCCGUCAGCACCUCCAACGGGGUCAGCUCCUCCUUCUCCGCGACCCCGUCCGCCUCCGCCCAGUCCAGCGCCGCCGCCUCCGCCUCCACCUCCGCCACCACCACCACAUCAAACCAGAGCACAGAAGACAGCCAGUCUCAGCCUUCGGGGAGCUGAUCAUCCCAAACUGUGCGUCGAAGCGUCAACACUAGAGCGCUGUCGCCUCCUCGGUCUCUCUGACUAACAGAGGAAAGGGAUUCUCUCUCAGCUUCAGUUUGGACCGCACUGUUUUUAAUUUAUUCUCGAUUGGUUUUGUUUGUAUGUUUGGUUCAUUUUUGUCCUCCGUAGGAAAUGCUUUUAAAAAUGCAAUGUUUUCUCUGAAACUGAUGAAGACAUAAGAACAGGCACUUUAGGUGUAAGACGUAAAACAAGUGGUUCUAAAAAUGUUUUUGUAUUUGUGUGACUUUAUUUAUUAAUCUUCUAUAUUUUUUUAUUUGAAGGUGAUCAGCCUGAAGGUCGAUCAGUGAAUUGUUAGAGACCAUACCAAAGUGUGUUGUGGCUCAUUUCUAAUAAGUUUGCUUGUUUGUUUUCAUGUCUUUUUAUAUAAGCACUAUCUUUAUGACGUAGUUACACUAUGAUUUGCUUUUUCCAUUUUGCACAUUUUUGAGAGAUGACGGGUUUACCUUUUUAGAGUUUUCACAGUCCACACGUUAAGUACCGGCAGCUUUUUUUAGAAGUAGAUUUGAAUACUGUCACACUACACAAAUGUAAAUGGCUGAAUCAGAUUUUAAAAUUUGACAACUUUUUCUGUGAGAUCAGCUGUAGUCGCAUCGUGCAGUUUGAAUGUUUAAAAUAAUAAUAAUAAUAGUCUUAAGGAGGCGAGCAGGUUAGAAAUGUGUUAUUUCAUUAACAUUCCAUCUGUAGUCUGAUUGUUCCUGAAGCAGUGAUUGUAGGAUUGCAGUAUCUUUUCCAUUACUCAAUCAUGGUGACUCAGUGCCAUUAAUGUUUUUGUAUAAAUGACUUCUGUACAUUUUUAAUGCGGAUUAGCCUGAGUUGAUCGCAGUUCCCUCAGAUUAAAAGGUCUCAUGAACAUCCAGUAGUUUCUCAGCUUUGUAUACUGUCUUUGCUUUCUAAGUGACCGCUCAUGGCUUCAGUGUCUAAAUUCAGAACACUUAAGGACAUUACGCCGUUUUCAUGAUUGCAAUUCUAGACGACGUUUUUAGAAAACAUUGUAAAUAGCAUCGACGAUACAUUGUAUGUGAUCUUUCUACAGUAGGUGUUGCGUACUUCUUUUUUUUUAUUUUAUAGAAAAGCCUGGAUUCAGUAGCCGAGCCCUGUUGAUCACGUUAUUCACGAUAACUCUGUCGGCAGUUCGAAACUGAUCUCAACAACGUUUCAAUCAAAAUGAAAAAACAUCCAGAUGUGAACAGGAAUCACAUCAUAUAUAUAUUUAGAGUUACACUACUACUUGCUUGUAAGAAUUGUGAGCAUUUCAUCAUUGAAAUAAUAGUAGGAAGCAAAAUCGCACCAUGACGUCAGUUUGCCUUUUCUCUUAGUCUGUACUGCUUACUACUGUGUAGUUUUACGAGAAGCUAACACUUUGUUUCCUUCCGAGUAUUUUUUAUUUUUAUUUAACUGUUAUGUGCUAUCUGCAUGAGAUAAUAAUUCUCUGCGAGAAUUUAACUGUUUAUUCAAUAAUGUCUCAGUCAGAUAAAAAAAAAAAAAAAUCAUUAAACAAGUUGUUUCAACUUGAGUU